ACCUGAUCUCGAGCAGAUCUAGCUAGUUAGUGAAGAUGAGCUCGCCGGCGGCAGUGAAGGUGAUCGGCGCAUUCGACAGCCCAUUCAGCCACCGUGCCGAGGCCGCCCUGCGGCUCAAGGGGGUCCCCUACGAGCUCGUCCUGGAGGACCUGCGCAACAAGAGCGAGCUGCUGCUCACCCACAACCCCGUCCACAAGAAGGUGCCCGUGCUCCUCCACGGCGACCGCGCCGUCUGCGAGUCCCUCCUCAUUGUGGAGUACGUCGACGAGGCAUUUGACGGCCCGGCGCUCCUCCCCGCCGACCCACACGAGAGGGCCAUGGCCCGCUUCUGGUCCCGCUUCCUCGACGACAAGUGCUCCAAGCCGUUCUGGCUGGCGAUGUGGACGGAUGGCGAGGCGAAGAAGGGGUACGUGAAGGAGAUCAAGGAGAGCUUCGCGCUGCUGGAGGCGCAGCUGGAGGGGAAGAGGUUCUUCGGCGGCGACGCCAUCGGCCUCGUCGACAUCGCGGCGUGCGGGUUCGCGCACUGGCUGGGCGUCUGCGAGGAGGUCUCCGGGGUGACCCUGGUCACCGACGACGAGUUCCCCCGCCUGCGCCGCUGGGCCGUGGAGUACGUCUCCGACGAGAAGAUCGGCGCGUGCCUGCCCGCGGACAGGGCCGUGCUGCUCGAGCACUUCUCCGCCAAGAAGGAGAUGUUCAUGGCCAUGGCCAAGUCCAUGCUGCCCAAGUGAUGUUCGAUGUUGUUGUGCGUGUCUAUGGAUGCGGAUGUGGACGUCGCCAUGUGGGGUUGCAUGGGUCAUCAUCGGUAAGUUUAAUGUAGGCAGUCAGCGCGGCCGGCGAUCGAUCGCAGCUACUAUGUCAUGUU